CAAACAGUAAAUGUGCGAAAGUCUAAAGGUGCCGUUACGAGACUGGACUUUACACACACGUUUGGUGCAGAGAUGGUGGCGAUGGAAGCAGACACCAGCGCCGUCAGAGACCAGCACAAGUUUGACGAGCACAAAUUAAAUGACUACCUAUCCAGCCACCUGCCAGGCUUCAGCAGCCCCGGUGACGUCCUGACCGUCAGGCAGUACAGAUCUGGACAAUCCAACCCUACAUUCUUCCUUCUGAAGGGUCAGAAAAAGUUUGUUCUAAGAAAGAAGCCACAUGGUCCGCUGCUUCCAGGAGCUCACCGGAUUGAAAGAGAAUAUGAGGUACAGAAGGCUUUAUUUUCCAAUGGAUUUCCUGUACCAAGGCCUUUACUUUACUGCACGGACGUGACCAUUAUUGGUACUGAAUUUUAUGUGAUGGAUCACGUCCAGGGACGUAUAUUCCGAGAUGUCUCACUGCCAGAUGUCAGGCCUGCGGAAAGAUCAGCCUUGUAUGUCGCCCUCACUGAAACUCUUGCCCAGCUCCAUUCAUUUGACAUACGUACAUUAAAUCUUACUGGGUAUGGCAAAGGGAAAGGAUAUUGCCAGAGGCAGGUUAAUACAUGGAAGAAGCAAUAUGAAAGGGCUGCACAUAGAGAUGUACCCGCAAUGAACCAACUGGCAGACUGGUUAAUCAGCAAUGUGCCAAGCAACGACAAUGAAGAGACUCUGAUCCAUGGAGAUUUCAGGAUUGAUAAUAUUAUUUUCCAUCAAACUGAGGCCCGUGUAAUUGCUGUGCUUGAUUGGGAACUCUCCACUAUUGGGCAUCCUAUGUCUGAUCUGGCUUACUGUGCUUCACCUUAUUUUUGGCCUCGAGGUGUGCAGUUCCUUGGAAGCACUAGUAGCAAAUCCUUUGCAGAUGUUGAAGGAAUGCCUGCAUUUGAGGAUCUGAUAAAUAUUUAUAGUCGCUGUCGAGGAAUAUCAUCACAAGUGCAUGACUGGAAUUUUUUUCUUGCUUUGACUUUUUUUAAGCUUGCUGGGAUAUUACAGGGAAUUCAUGCAAGGUUCCUUCUUGGAAAUUCCAGUGGAGAGAAUGCUAGCAUAUUUGCUGACAUGGUUCAACCUUUGGCUGAAAAUGGAUUAAGACUCGCCAAAAGAGAACAAUCAGCUGUUGAGUUGCCUAACUCUCCGGGGGAGCUGUUCCUGCUUAGUGCCAAAGGGCAACGGGUUUUGAAGCAAGUGAAGGAGUUUUUACAGCAACACGUAUUUCCUGCACAACAGGAGAUUUUAGAAUAUUAUACCAAACAUGAGAACUCGCCACUUAGAUGGAGGAAACCAUUGGUCGUAGAGAAGCUUAAGGAACUGGCAAAGGCUGAAGGGCUGUGGAACUUGUUUCUGCCAGCUGUCAGUGGUCUUAGCCAGACAGACUACGCUUUUAUUGCAGAAGAAACUGGGAAACAUUUCUUUGCUCCAGAAAUUUUCAAUUGCCAAGCACCAGACACUGGCAACAUGGAGGUGCUUCACAUGUAUGGCACAGAAGAGCAGAAGAAACAGUGGCUUGAACCUCUCCUUGCAGGGGAAAUCCAGUCUUGUUUCUGCAUGACAGAGCCUGAUGUCGCUUCCAGUGACGCCACCAACAUGGAGUGCUCCAUCAAGAGAGAUGGAGAUAGCUACAUUGUCAAUGGAAAGAAGUGGUGGAGCAGUGGUGCUGGAAACUUCAACUGCAAAAUAGCGAUUGUAAUGGGUAAAACAGAUACUGGUUCCUCCUCCAGAUAUAAGAAGCACAGCAUGAUCCUUGUUCCCAUGGACACAAAAGGAGUAGAGAUCAUCAGAGCGCUAAAAGUGUUUGGGUAUGAAGAUACCCAUCAUGGAGGACACUUUGAAGUGCAUUUCAACAAUGUGAGAGUUCCUGUAACUAAUCUAAUUCUGGGAGAGGGCAGAGGUUUUGAGAUUGCCCAGGGUCGCCUUGGUCCAGGCCGCAUACAUCACUGCAUGAGGACCAUUGGAGCAGCUGAGAGUGCUCUUCAGCUUAUGUGUGCUAGAGCUGCACAAAGAACAACUUUCGGAAAAAAGCUGUACCAUCAUGAAGUGGUUGCCCACUGGAUAGCAGAGAGUCGCAUUGCGAUUGAACAAGCCCGAUUGCUGACACUGAGAGCAGCAAAAGCCAUAGACACAGUUGGAAGUGCCAGAGCUCGGAAAGAGAUCGCAAUGAUUAAGGUUGUGGCGCCUAGAAUGGCAUGCCAAGUGGCUGAUCGGGCAAUCCAAGUGUUUGGAGGAGCUGGGGUGUGUCAGGACUUUCCACUGGCUUUCAUGUAUACAGCCGUCCGGACUCUCCGCAUUGCUGAUGGUCCUGAUGAAGUUCAUCUCUCAGCUAUAGCAAGAAUGGAAUUAAUGGAACAAGCAAAGUUCUUGUCGAAAAUGUGAAAAAAAAAGUUAUAAAACUAACCUUAAAUUUUCCAAAUGAAAUGAGAUAAUUGUUUUCUUGUAAAUUAUCGUCUAAGCUGAUUUAGAACCUAAAAUACAGAAAAUAGUCUGUGACCAGGACAGACUAACACAGGAAUUACAUUAUUGAUUGCAAUAUAACCACCGAAUGGGGCAUCAAAUCCCUGAAUGUCCUGAUAUUGUAUAAUACCUUGAGUGCCUUACAGUGUGAUUGAUGAAAUGGGCACCACAUGGUUAUGGCCACAAGUCUAAUAGAUGCUCCUACGUUCAGAGGUCUGUCCCAGUGACAGGUUCUCUUUAAACUUCAAAGUAAAUGUUCAUUUCAGAUUUGUUUUUUUCUGCAGAAAUCAGGGACCAAGGUUUAUAUGAGUUCUAGUCAUUUAACAUAUACCUGUCUAUACAGUGAGUCUUUGGAUACAGUGUCCCAUAUAUUUCUAUGUAUAAUCUAUAAGAAUGUCUGAUUCAUAUCACAUCUGAGCUGCAGGUAUUUAGGAAUGAAAGGAUGUUCUAGCCUUAAACAUUUACCACCCAUGGGAUAAGUCAAAAAGUUUGCAUGGGUUGGAAUCGAACUGCUGGGAGCCUCACUGGUCGCUAGAACAGGAGACUUACCUUCAGUGGCAAGGAGAACUUUGAACUGAGCAGCGGUUGAGCAUGCAAGCUGCUACUUCAAUAUACAUCAGUAGUGUAAACAGAAGAAAGAGGCGCACCAUAGGGUGAUAACGUUCUAUAAAGGUAAGUAUUGUGUUCCAAAAUGGGAGGCUCACCUUGAGGAGUUGUGCAAACCAAGAAG